UUGAAAUCCGGUAUCGGGUGCUACAAGUUGGGAAAAAAUGAAAAAAAUCUGAGAGGUCCAGGUUCAAACUUGUGCGAUUUGGCGUGGAAUGACCCAUAUAUAUUUAAUUUUUUUUGCGUACUUAACUCUUAUUACGCUAUACUCUUAGAUAUUAUCGUCGUUUGGGUGACUGCUACAGCUCCUUACGUUAUACUAACAAUACUACUGAUCAGAGGGAUUACUCUUCCAGGAGCAGUCAAUGGUAUAUCCUAUUAUUUGACUCCAGAUUUCAGUAAACUUAAAGAGCCAGCAGUGUGGACCGCUGCUGCAACCCAAAUAUUUUUUUCACUCGGCCCUGGAUUUGGCGUUUUGUUGGCAUUAAGCAGUUAUAACGACUUUAAUAACAACUGUUAUCGUGAUGCAGUUGUGACGUCGUUUAUUAAUUGUGCUACAUCGUUCUUUUCUGGCUUUGUCAUUUUUUCGACGCUUGGAUAUAUGUCAGAACUUACAAAUCGCCCUGUUAGCGAGGUUGUUUCUCACGACGACUACACUUUGAUUUUUAUUGUUUAUCCGCAAGCUUUAGCAACGAUGUCGUAUUCAAGUUUCUGGUCUUUCAUCUUCUUUUUGAUGCUCAUUACGCUGGGCAUUGAUAGCACAUUUAGUGGUAUUGAAGCACUGAUCACCGGAUUCAGCGACGAAUAUCCUCAGCUGCUAGGAAGGCAUCGAGAAAUUUUUGUCGGUGUGGUUGUUUCUUGUUAUUAUUUUGGGAGUCUUCCGACAGUAACUUAUGGCGGAAAAUUGGUAAUGCAGUUCCUUGAUGAAUAUGGUGUCUCGCUAUCUGUCCUUUUCAUCGUCGUUUGCGAAAUGAUAGCAGUCUGCUGGUUUUAUGGCAUAUCACGAUUUAGUGAAGACGUUCGAGAAAUGAUUGGGUCAUAUCCCGGCAUAUACUGGAGAAUAUGUUGGAUGUUUUGUCCUGUUUUCAUUGGGGGCAUUUUUUUCAUUACGGUGAUUCAGACAUCGCUACAACCGCUAACUGAUCGCGACUAUGUGUAUCCGCAAUGGUCAGUCCUAAUCGGGUGGAUUUUGCGCCUGACGUCGAUAUGUUGCGUUCCAACCUUCGCAUUCUACUAUUUUUGUGCUGCUAAAGGUUCCUUAAGAAAGGUUACUAUUACAGUUAAUUUAAGAGCACAGUUCGUCUCCCGCAGUCACACUUUCAUUAUUUCUCCCAAAAUGCAUAAAAAGACUAUUGAUGAGAAAAACAUAUAUUUACAAAAGCCAACACAAAGAUCAAGAUUAAAAAUUUAG